AUGCGUUCCGCUGAAACGUGUUUCGUAUUAUGUAAAUAUUAGGUUAGGUGUGAACUAAAAUUUCAACUUUUACGGAAGUAUCAAUACAGAUUAAACGCAGUUUUUAUUAUAAUGGAGAUAGAACGAAUUUUGCCAUUUGUUCUGAUCCCAAGUCUUUUACUAAUUGCUUCACUGUCGGAAGCAGCCACAGUGGUAGUUGUGCUGUUCACUGGAAUAUGUGCCUUGUAUGUUCAUUUUAAAAAACAUCAUAGAAACAGAUUUAGCUAUUAUUGGACUUUGGCCACAAUAAUUUACAUGUACCUGGUGUUUGAGAUGGGAAUUAUAAUGCUAAACAAGAUUACUCCAACAGAGAACAUAGUAUUUCUUAUAUUUUUAUCAAGUACAUGGUAUUGUUUAAACAAAAUGAAGGAACAAUGGAAGUUACUUAAGGAAGCAAAACAGAAUGACUGCAGUAUCGAAACUUCAUCAGAAUUAGAUUACAAUCAGAAGGGAAUUGUAGAAAUAUAUUUUCGCUCAGUAUGGUGGGACUGUUAUAUUUUCAGAGAAAAUUAUAAGCAUUACCUAUGUGGCCACGUGCUUGCGUUUCUAACACUUGUCUACGCAUUGCACUUGGGUUUAACAAGUGUUUGCCGGCCAUACAUGAUGUUUGGUUUGGUUCUUAUGACACACGACUGCAACGAUGUAUACUUAGAUGUAUUCGUUGCUGUGUGCUUUGUAACUUGUGUCUAUGGAGUCGUAUAUACGAUUGUUGUAUCAGUAGUAUUGAUACAAGAGUUGCUUAUCAACAACUACUUGCCGAUGUAUAUGGAUUCGACUUCAACUAUUACUGUAUAAGUAUCAAUUGGCUGAAUCAAUUUUAAAUUAUGAACCGUCAAGCUUUGGAAGGUCCUAUGAAAGUCACCUUUACAAAAUUUAUGCGUUGCAAUUGCGAAUCUUAAAAACAAUUGUACCGCCUAAUAUUAAAAAAAAAAUCCAUUAAUUACCAUUUUAACCAUUUGAAUAUUGCAAAUUACCACCUUGAACCAUAAAAAUUACAUUAUACCCACCAAAGGAAGUACUAAAUAAAGUUAAAGAACUACUAAAAUGAGAGACUCACCCCCUUAUUCAUAAUGGUCCGCUAACUUAAAACAGUCGCUAAGGAGUGUUCUUUCUCAUUCUGACUUAGGUCAGUAGAAGAAGACAGAGUGAGAAUUAGCAAUGCUUUAAAUUAGCAGACUAUUAUGAAUAAGGGGGACAGUGUUUAAAAAGUAAGAUGAAACUAGCCUAAACAGUAAAAAAUCUGAAAUUUAAAUUAAAACAAUAUUACCUUCAGAACUAAAUUAAUGUUCCAUGUGAAUUAACGUGGAUAUAAAAUAUUUAUUUUUCACCCUCCUCGUUGUUGUCACGUCUUACGUUGUUAGUCAACAAAAAAUUCACUCUGCAUAAAAAGCAAUAAAGACGCAAUAGUUGUUUAUGCAACUGUUGUGUAAUAAGGGGUAUUAAAACACGAAUGUGGGUUUAUCACACGAGGCGAAGCCGAGGGCGAUAAUAGUAUCACAUGAGUGUUUUAAUAUCUAAUCAUCAACAGUUGCAUACAAGACUUUAUCUACACCCAGAAUUUGAAUCCUCUAAAAGAUUCAGAAGCAGUUGUCUAACUGCUAACAUUAAAAUAGCCAGUCCUUGUAGUAACCUAAUAUCAUCUAUGAAUAUUAUGUUCUUUUGCAGCGUUUAAAAUAUCUGGCGGUGUGCUUUCAAAACUUGAACCGCUCAUUUUUUGUAAACAAAACAAUAAAAAUAUCGAAGAAAAAUGGCGAGGAUUCGAAUAACCUACUUUGUUUACGGCGCGCGACGUUCUAGUAGUAUGGAACGUGCGUAAACGAAACCGUUAUUUUUUUUUAAAUUCAUACAGAUACCACGGAUCGGGCAAUAAGAAUGUGGCUGUCUAUUGAAACUCUGCGCAUGAAGGGAUCGAAAAAAAAGCGUGUAUGUCAGCUCCGACGCACGACUGGAGUUUACUCCUCAAGAACGGUUGUCUUUGAACAGGAACUAAACCAAAUCAAGUCCAAUUGGAGUCGGUCAGACAAACAGAGAAAUAGCAGAAGCUAAUAAAAGCGUAUUCAUUAAAAAAAUAUAGAUAUUAAAAAAAUAGAAUAACUUCAUAGUUAAUAGUGAUUUUUCUUAAGCCAUCUAUCGAAAACCGUUAUUUAUUUUGAAUAAAUCGGUUACAACACCAAUUGCAUUAAUCAAGUACAUUAUACUAUUGCUAGACGCUAUAAUGCGAGGAUUUACAAAGUUGGAGCAGCAACUGCACCAACAUCUCAAGUGUAUUAAUAAAUAGAUAACAAUCAGGGCGGGCUUCUACGAGGUGAUUAAACAAUUUCAAGGCUCGCGGUACGGGCGCCGCAGUGCGUGCUACCAGGUAGGUAAGGUAGUUACCAGGUAGCAAAUAGCCUGGUCGAGAGCCCGUCUGGUUUCCAGAGGGUUGUGUUAUCGAGGCAACCGACGAGUACAACUACGGGUAGUAACCCAGUUUCCGCUUAUACAGGAAACGCAAAAAUGCUUUUUGUACUUUCUCCAGCAUAAGGGAAUAGGUUACUUCGUAGGGAUAACAUACGCACGAGCUCGCUUCAAGCUUACUACGCACAAGGGUAAAGCAGUAUUAUAUUGACGCUGUGGAAAUCGCGCGCAUUCCUUAAUGCGAACCCUAGUCUCAUAAAGGACUCUUGAGUGACUGUUAUUAUAUCGAGGUCGUGUGAUUGUGUCAUGGAAGGUAAGCUUUUGGUCAAAUGUCACACCUAGAUCUUUCAUUGAAUUUCGCCCACGUAUGAGCUUACCAUUAAUUUUAAUUAAUUACUGAAAAGUGAUUGGGUGUCGCAUUCGACAAAAAGUGACAAUAUAGCAUUUAGUGAGAUUAAGUUCCAUUUUAUUAUGCACACCCAAAUUAUAAACAGCAUCUAUGUCAGCCUCCAUAGCCUCAUAUUGUGCCUCAUUUUGCAUGAUCGCAUAUAAUUUUAGGUCAUCCACAUAAAGAAACCUAAGCACAAAGUAUAGCAAGCAGGAUGUCAUUAUUAACCCUGUCGAAGGCAUCGUGUAUCUAAUUGUGUUGAUAUAAAUUCUGUUAAUGUUAAAACACAAACAGUCAGGUCCUACUGAACUGGAAGAUUUUAAUUUAUUAAUACCAUAUAGAAUAUCCUGAGAUGUGAAUUUAAGUAUAUUUACAUAGUUGCUAUUAUGAGAAGUGUCAUUAUUAUUGGCUUGUGCUGUAUUUAGUUGGGGAAUAUUGGUAGAAUACACACUUGCAAAGAAUCUGGCAAAUGCAGCUCCCGUAAAACUGUCAUCCUGGAACUUUACCGUUAGCUCAAAACCUUCUUUGGAAUGAAGACUUGCUAUGUGCUUCCAGAAUUCAAGCGGAUUAGAUUUGAUAUUAUUUUCUACGCGUAAUAUAUGCUUUGUAAGCCUCAGCAGCUCGACGUUUUAAUGAACUUCUCAUAUCCGAAAAGGCCCGGAAGUCAUAUAGCCGCUGGGUUUUCCUCCAAUUUCUAUGUAGUUUAAGUUUAGUGUCUUUUAUAAUAUCAACCAAUAUCAAUAUAAUAAAAAGUUGUUGUCGUAUUACUCGAAAGAUUCAGCGUUCGAUUUGGAAAUACGAAAUAGUUUAUAAAAGUGACACUAGAUGACGUUUAAUCUAGUAUUAUUUGUUUUUAAUUUGAACCAAGAUGGGGUCUGUGGUUCAACGCCAUCUAAUAAAGUUCAGGAAACUAAAUUUCAUUAGCCACAACACUUCUUCUUGCAAAAUAAAAUAAUUUUCAAAAGUAACGCUAGGUGGCCGACAGGAAAAUACAAUGCUAAUUGUUGCCUUAUUUGUAAGCUGACAAAGUCUGUUUUUAUUUAAAUGAGAAAAACGGUACUAUAAAAUUUUGAUGAGCAGAUUUUAUUGUCAAAAUUUUUGUCUCAUACCGGGCGCUUUAUAUGAAAAUCGAUUCUAAAGGAGUAAACUCCAAAAACAUAUGAGUGUUGUUGUAAAAUUCAGUACAACAUUACAACACUCGUUUGGAUGAUGUAAUGGUUAUUAGAACAUUGGGUGUUUUGAAUGUUGCCAAUAAGCUAACUGUUUCAGAAUCUUUAAUAGAGGACUUAAAGCAUGGGUGUAGAUAAAGAUACAUAACGGCAAAUGAUAGCAAGAGACAGACACAUUGUAUGCAGUAUUAUACUUUUAUUGGUGACAUUGAGGGUAUUCGUAAAUUCUUUAGUUUUAAAGUUGUGUAAUGUUUUAGCACCUAUGUGCUUUUGAUUAAAAAUGAUUCAGUAAUUUGAAAUACUGAUUCUACUAAAUGUUCGGAAAAAGUAGAGCUCGUGAGAAGAACAAUCAAGAAACUCAACAGCCAUUCUUUUCAAUCAGAUAGGGUAUUUUACAAUUGCUGUAAUAUAAAUAAAAAAUUAGUUUGUAAGGUGCUGCAUCCAAUAUAUGAAUAGUGUAAAAGAAUAAACUGUAUAAUAUAAUUAUCGAAUAUAUAAAUUAUCUGAAGCUUGAA